UGUUGUUGGACUGCUGUCUGCUGCAUGCACGAUCAAUCAGUCGAAGCCUACCGGGUAAGCUAUCUCAGGAAGGAUAUUGAAAGGGAAUGCGAAACAGACCACAGUAAUCAUGGGAGGCAACAUUGUGUCCAAAUCCUACAAGACGGCAAAACGAUCCGACCUUGAAGUCACCAAUGUUGAAGAUUACUCCGACCUCCGGAACGAGAAGAGCUCCUUUGACCAAACUCAGAAUGCAACUGGCAUCAUCUCACCAGACACCAGCAUUCCCUUGGAGGAGAAUAGAGCAGAUGAUACCAUGAGUGACAGUGAAGAGAAUGCGCCCUGGCAUGGCCUGCCGAUGGGAAUAAACGAACAUGGCAGUUUCACCGUCAUCAACAUUGACAAUAAUUCCUAUCCAAAUCACAUUCCGGUUAAACCCACGCAGGAAAAAGACAAUAAAUGCUGUGUUGGACUCCGUGAACGGUGUAAAAUGGGGUGGAGGCCGUGCCUCACCAAAUACAAUCCCUUGUCUGAGUAUCCGUCCAGACGAGCGAGUGUGAAAUACGCCUGCAUGUGCCCGCCCCACGGAGUUCUUGCUAGGGUGGUUCUUAUUAUGGUGAUUUUACUGCUGUUGUGGGCGAUACUUUGGUCCAUCACAGGGGCGGAGUCGUUGCCAGGAGGGAACCUUUUUGCCCUUUAUAUUCUUGUGGUGGUUGCUGCUAUCGGCGGGAUGAUCGUUGAGUUCUUUCAUCUACCAGCUUUGUUAGGUAUGCUCAUAGUUGGCUUCAUGCUCAAGAAUGUUUCUCGUAUACAAAUUGCUGAUGACAUUGAUCCUGGCUGGGCCUCAGCACUACGCAAUAUUGCCUUAGCUGUUAUCUUGAUCAAGGCAGGUCUCGGAAUAGACGCUGGAGCUCUUCGUAAACUCAGUCUAGUGUGUGCUCGUCUGGCACUGGUGCCAUGUAUAAUGGAAGCAGUGACAGUCGCUGUGGCUGCGCAUCUAUUGCUGGGUUUUGGCUGGGAUUGGGCAUUUAUGCUUGGGUUUGUCAUAGCGGCUGUUUCUCCAGCCGUCGUUGUGCCAUCUGUCCUGGAGUUACAAGAGAAAGGAUAUGGGAUCAGUAAGGGUAUCCCAACAUUGAUUGUAGCCUCGGCAAGCUGUGAGAAUGUGUUUGCAAUAGCAGCGUUUGGAAUUCCACUUGGUAUUGCGUUCUCUGGUGGUUAUAUAGACAUUGACAAUGAAGGACAAGACAACAGCACAAAUAUACCCAUGGAUAGCAGCAAUGAUGAUACGGGUAUGUUGGUGUUUAACAUCUUCCGUGCACCCAUAGAGCUACUGCUGGGUGUGGUCUUUGGGUGUGUUGGGGGCGUGUUCCUCUGGUAUUUUCCAGACAAAGACCAGAAAUCCUUGAUGUGGAAGCGUACUUUACUGGUCUGUGGUGGAGGUUUGUUAUUAUUGUUCGGUGGUGCCAAGGCGGACUUCACAGGGGCUGGUGCUCUAGGCUGCCUCAUUCUAGCUUUUGUAGCUGCCCAGGGCUGGGGUAGAGGAAAGGAACCUGUUAAAAAGGUUGUUGGAUUAAUCUGGAAGUUGUUUGAACCAAUCCUAUUUGGUCUCAUAGGAGCGGCAGUAUCAGUUGAAUAUCUGGAUGACACUGUGGGUCUUGGCAUAGCUAUAAUGGCAAUAGGCCUUGCUGUACGGACUGCAGUCACAAUGCUGGUCGUCUGUAAAGCAGGACUCAAUCUCAAGGAAAAGGUGUUUGCUGCCCUCUCUUGGUUCCCAAAGGCCACUGUGCAGGCUGCCAUUGGCCCUCUGGCAUGGGAGGUGGCAAUAAACAAGAACGCUGGAUAUGUAGCAGAGCAGAAUGGGAUCAAGAUCCUCACCCUAGCAGUCCUCUCCAUCAUUCUCACUGCACCCAUCGGUGCAAUCAUGAUUGCUCUUGGAGGGCCGAGGCUCCUUCAGAAAUCCCAAGAAGGCAACACAGACAAACUUCCCAUACCUGAAGUGACUGUAGUUUCUCCUGAGGGUGUAGAGGAGGAGGAGGAGGAAAGGAUUCAGGAAGAGGUACCAAAGGAGGCUAAAGGACAGGGAGAAUCAUCAUCAAUGCUGUAGAGGUGUAAGCGACAGUUGAUGGUGUUGGGCAAAUUAUGAAAGAGUGUAUCUUGGCAAAGGCCUCCGACAACUUAGAAAGACAUACUCCUCUAUGGAUGUAACGAGGGAAGAGCUAUAACCUCGUCCUCCUUGUAGCUAGAUAACAAUGGUGGUUUGGACCAAGGAGGGUACUCUGGAGGCACCACAACCUCCAAGAUUACCCUUUUCAUACUGAAGGAAACUAUUAAAGGAGGCUUGAGGAGGAACCUGAACUAAUCCUUAAUCAUGUUGUAGCUGGAUAUGAGUUUUUAGAGAGAUGUAUAAGUAUCCCAUUUUUAGUGCUGUGGCGGUUCAAAAAGAAGCCACAAUACACUGAAAUGUCUCACUACAAUAAUACACACUUUUUCAGAAGCUGCCAUUAAACAUGUGUGCAAGUACGGUCAGGUUUCACAAGUGAUUGAAUUGAUUGAUGUUAUCACUGUCGCCCACACAGAUGAUAAAGAACAGUUUGUUGUAAACAUUGUCUGGGGUGGUUGACUUCAAGACGGAGAGUCAUCAAGGAAAGGGGAAGGUUAUCUUGGAGGAGGCAGGGACCUGGUUGAUGUGGAUGUGUUUGGGUGGUUAAACCUUCUCACCCAUGCAGAGGAAGAGGAUGAUAGCCACAAAUAUGAUUUGAAUAAUUGCAGGCCUGGAGUUUCAUCUUUGAGAGGGCAACGCCAUUUUCAUUUGCAAAGGGCACUUUGUUUGGACAAUCUUAAUGUCAAUGGGUAACUUUUGAAGCGGCACUGACACUGAGAUUAAGGGUAACAGGCUAUUGCCUCCUUGUAAUUGCAGGCCUGGAGUUGAGAAAUUUAAGGAUAGGUGGAGAUCAAAGAUCAGAAAUAGAGGUGGUUGGCUCAGAAUGAAAGGUUGAAAACAGCAAUAAGUGAAUCUGAUGUUCCUGCUAAUUAGAAACGUAGGGAGUUAAUAAAAGCAAUAAUUUUGGUAAAAAUUUGAAAUAUAUUGCAAUUAGUGAGAAGUGUAUAUUUCUUUCGGGUUUUUUCUGUUCCUAAAUUAGAUGUCUUUUUUAAGCGUUUUGGUUUUAUGUGUUGUGUAAUUUACAUAUGAACCAUGCAUCAAAUUUAAGUGUUGUUAAAAAAUAUUUUGUAAUUUAUAUUCAUCAUGUCGAACAUUAUGCACAACUUGCCAGUGUACUAAUUGUGUAACUUAAAAAUAGUUUGUAUACAACAAUUGCAUGGCAAUUUACAGGGUAUGCCAAAUGAUGUUCGGUAAUUAUUUUUU